AUGGUUUCAGCAACGGGCGAAGAUCGCGCUGUUCACCUGGCACGGGAGGCUGUUGAGCUGGUGGAUGCUGGCCACCGCGAGGCGGCAUCCCGGAAUCUACGCGAAGCACUCUCCCUCGCCUCCGACAACCCCGAAGUGAAAGCGGCUUUCCUCAAAAUUCAACAAGAGGAACAAAAUGGUCACCAAUUACUGGAUCUCUGUCGACGUUACACGAGUCUCCGGGAUGAGUCCGCCGGAAAGGAAGCGGCUGUUUAUCUUCGCACAGAUGGCUUGAAGCCUCCAGAGGAUGUUGCACUGGAGUCCAUGAAACUUUUAUUGGGACAACGGGCUCAUGGUCUCUCGGAGCUUCAAGACGAGAUUAUCUCCGGUUUGGUUCGACACAGUGCGAGUGUCCGCCAGUAUUUCUCCAAUCAGCUGCAGGUUUCCGUGACUACAUUCUUCGAUGAGAUCUAUGAUCGAGGUGAUGGGGCAGCAGUCUGUCUGGACACCGUGGUUCUAGACCCCACUGUGUGGCCUUCGGAACAAACACGGGCACACUGUGAAAGUGAGCUGUUUCAAUUAUUCCUGGCGAAGUUGAUGGAGUCGGGCCAUGACAUGGAUGGCCGAUCACUGAAAGGCAUCGCUCGGUUACUCGCAGUCGACGCCGGGCGGCUUCAACAUUUAGUGGACGACGAAGGAUUCGAGGUUAUCUUGACCUCUCUGGAUAAUCGUCUGCCUCUGGAAUGGCGUAGUCAGGCUACUUUGGCCACAGCGAAAUACCUGGAAGCUGCAAAGGACCUGGGCGAAAAACAAUUUUCAGCUAUCAUCGCCUCCAUGAUCGCUAAAGGCCGUCUGGAUGAUGUCGUCAUCGCUUUCUCUGCUGUUUCUGCCAUUUUCCCCGUGGCUCCCGCCGCCGCAGCAAACGUCUUCUUAUCUGAUGCUUUCAUGAACUCGUUGACCCCAUUGGCAACUCGAGAUGCGAAGCGCAAGAGAGUAGAGCUCGCCGUGCUCGAACUACUGAAUGCCGCAUGCAUCAACCGGCCUUGUCGGGAAGCGAUAUCGAAAAGCUUCUCCGAAUGGCUAUCACACACCCUUACCAAUGGAAGUGAUGAGGGUUCUGAGUUAGCGGCUGUGAUCCUCGCGAAGAUCCGAGCCUCAGAGGCAGUCCAGCCCUCUGCGGAAAACGGUAAGACCCAGGUGGAAGACAGUGGGGUUUCUGAUCUGGUUCAACGGUUCAAGGGACUGAUGUCUGAAUCUAAGAUUACGAACAUCUCUCACGCUAUUGAGGGACUAGCCUACUCGUCCGUCAAGGCCUCCAUCAAAGAGCAAUUGGCUCAAGAUUCUUUAUUCCUGCGCGAUCUGAUUACGGCGUUGAACCAGCACCUUACCGACUCCUCUAUCCUGUACGGGGGCUUGAUGAUAAUUCUAAAUCUCACGAAAUUUCUCCCUAACCUGUCCGAUGAGCAAAAGAAGAUGUCUCAGUUGAAGGAUUACGCAGACGCGUCUGCUGGAAAGGCUCGAGCUGCUCAAGAUCCCCGCGAGGAGGAAGAGGCGGUACUCAUUCGAUGUGGUGCCGUUAUCGAUGCAGGAGUCAUGGCACUCCUGGUCGACUGUGGCCGACUCGCGAUGCCCUCCGUUCAUGACCUCACAGCCCAGAUACUCUUGGCAUUGGCUCGGCGCCAGAAGUCACGGGGUGUCUUGGCUCAGCAAGGUGCGGUCAAGCUGCUUCUCGGGUUGGCCAUCUCGAAGCAGGGUGAUUCAAUUGUGGUUACUGAGACAACUCACAACGCGUCUCAUGCCUUGGCUCGCAUCCUUGUCUCAGUCGAUCCAUCCCAUGUGUUCCCAUCUUCCGGAUUUCCUCAAGUGACAUCCGCUGUACGCCCAUUACUGUCUCUCCUCACCUCACCCGAGAACGCUGCUUUCUCCACCGAUCAGCCUCGUGAUCUGCUUUCAGUCUUUGAAAGUCUGCUUGCCCUUACCAACCUUGCUUCCUAUCCCCACGAUGAGACCCCCGCCGAACUCACCGUUCGAGAGGGCUGGCCCGCCAUCGAAGAACUACUCUUGUCCAGUAACCCUCGUGUGCAGCGGGCUGCGUGCGAGCUAGUCUGCAAUUUGAUGACCUGCGAAUCUGGCAUUGUCAAAUUUGCCGAUGGCUCUAAGCGUGCUGCUCAGAGGCUACACAUUAUGCUCGCCCUCACUGAUGCUGAUGACGCCGCGACUCGACGUGCAGCUGGUGGCGCGAUUGCCAUGCUGACGAAGUACGAUGCGUCCAUCGCAGCUGUGCUGGAACGGCCGCGCGGAGUCGAACUACUUUUGGGACUAUGCCAAGAAGACGAUGAUGCCCUCCUCCACCGUGGAGCGGUGUGCGUGCACAACCUGACCUGCGCCUCUGGUGACAUCGGAGCGCGCGCCAAGGAAGCUGUCCGAGCCGCGGGUGGUAUCGAGAUUCUGACUACAUGCAUCAAGAAAACAUCGAACCCGGCUGUACUACAGGCUGCUGUGGAGGCAUUGAAGCCAUUGGUCGAGCAGAAGUAG